AUGCUCGCCCGCAGACGAUUCCAGCAGCAGUCACAGCAGCAGCGCUACACGCCGUCAAUGGCGCAGGUCAACGCCCACUACAGGAGAAAGAAUGCCACAGUAGCAUACUACACCCUCAGCAUCAUCCUCGGCACCGUCGCCUUUUCCUACGGCUCCGUGCCCCUCUACAAGAUGAUCUGCCAAACCACCGGCUGGGGCGGCCAGCCGGUGCGCGCCCACGGGCCCGACUCGACCUACGACGACGCGGACCUCGCCGCGCGCCUCGUGCCGCUGACGUCGUCGCCGCGCAUCCGCGUCACCUUCAACGCCUCCGUCUCGGACGUGCUCCCCUGGAAGUUCACGCCGCAGCAGCGCGAGGUUCGCGUGCUCCCCGGCGAGACGGCCCUCGCCUUCUACACGGCGACGAACAACUCGGACCGCGACAUCAUCGGCGUCGCCACGUACAGCGUCACGCCCGCCCAGGUGGCGCCCUACUUUAGCAAGAUCCAGUGCUUCUGCUUUGAGGAGCAGCGCCUCAACGCCGGCGAGACGGUCGACAUGCCCGUCUUCUUCUACCUCGACCCGGACAUGGUCAAUGACCUCAACGCCAAGGGCAUCGAGACUGUGACGCUGUCGUACACUUUCUUCAAAGCAAAGUACGACGACAAUGGGGUGUACAAGGCGCCGUCGGCUUUCCCAGGGCUCGAGGGACCGGCGCCGCGGAAGAUUGCCGCGUGA